UAAUGACCUCACGCUCCCGGUUGCCAGCUGGCAGUAACGACAAUGUCCGAGCAUCAGAGCUGGCACAAGACAGGCAGCACACAGAGGUGGUCUGUAAUGUUCUUCUGCUGGAUAACACAGUUCAAGCCUUCAAAGUUAAUAAGCACGAUCAAGGACAGGUCCUGCUGGAUGUAGUGUUCAAACACCUGGAGCUGACGGAGAGAGACUACUUCGGCCUACAGCUGGCCGACGACUCCUCAGACAGUCAGAGGUGGCUGGAUCCAAUCAAACCGAUUAGAAAGCAAUUAAAAAGUCGGUCUCCACACAAUUUGAAUUUUAGGGUUAAAUUCUUUGUAACCGACCCCAAUAAACUUCAGGAGGAGUAUACAAGGUACCAGUACUUUUUGCAGAUUAAACAGGACAUACUUAGUGGAAGGCUGCCGUGUCCAUACAUCACAGCCACUCUUCUUGCUUCAUACGCUGUUCAGUCUGAGCUAGGGGACUACAGUCAGGACGAGAACUUGCCCGGCUACCUCUCCGGAUACUCUUUCAUCCCCAACGCACCACAUGACUUUGAGAAAGAGAUUGCCAAACAGCAUCAGCAACACAAGGGACUGCCUCCUGCCCAGUCAGAGUUCAAUUAUCUAAACACAGCACGGACACUAGAGCUCUAUGGAGUAGAAUUGCACUAUGCGAGGGAUCAAAGCAACACUGAGAUUUUAAUCGGAGUGAUGUCAACUGGGAUUGUCGUCUAUAAGAACAGGGUACGAAUCAACUGCUUUCCAUGGCUACAGAUUGUAAAGAUCUCGUUUAAAUGUCGACAGUUUUUUAUUCAACUCAGAAGAGAAUUGAAUGAGAGCCGUGAGGCGCUCUUAGCCUUUAACAUGGUGAACUACCGAGCCUGUAAGAACCUAUGGAAGGCCUGUGUAGAGCACCACACCUUCUUCAGACUGGACCGACCCUUACCACCACAGAAGAACUUCUUUGCACAUGUCUUCCAACUGGGCUCCAAGUACCGCUACUGUGGUAGGACAGAGGUGCAGUCUGUCCAGUACGGCAAGGAGAAGGGCAUCAAGGACAGGGUGUUCGCCAGGUCUCCCAGUAAGCCAUUGGUGCGGCGGCUGAUGGAUGGAGGGAUGGACUGGGAGUCAGUCAGCCGGAACUCCAGGGCCUCUCUGUCUGACGACCGCCUGGAGACCCAGAGCCUGCCCACACGCUCCCCACCAGGCACCCCCAACCACAGGAACUCCAAGUUUGCACAAGAGCGCCUGCGGCCGUCCUCCGUGGGACACCUGCUGGACCAUGUGAACUACCACGACCAUGCCUCGCCCUGCCAAACGUUUACCAAUCACAAGUCAGCCUCCUCAACCCAGGCCAACUCCAUCAGCCUAGAUUCUACCCCGUCACCAGACUCGACCAUCGACGGCCAGCCGCCCGCUCUGCCCCCUAAGCAGACUAGGAGGCCUCUGUCCAGCCAGUCCCAGUCCCACUCUCAGCAGGAGUUGGACAACCACAUCAAUGAGCUGUAUGACACGCCUCUGUCAGAAGACAAGACUAUGCCCAAUGGAGUGCUUCCUCAUGACAAUCUGGUGUUCAUUAAAAUGUGCCCCGACGAACAAGGACGAUUUGGAUUCAAUGUGAAGGGUGGGCUGGACCAGAAGAUGCCUGUGAUCGUGUCCCGAGUGGCCCCGGGAACAGCGGCUGACCUGUGUGUUCCCCGGCUGAACGAGGGAGACCAGGUGGUUCUGAUUAACGGUCAGGACAUCUCAGAGCACACCCACGACCAGGUGGUCAUGUUCAUCAAGGCCAGCUGUGAGGAGAGCGACUCAGGAGAGCUGAACCUGCUGGUCAGACCCAACGCCAUGUAUGACCUGGUGGAGGAGGAGAAGCUGGAGGAUGGAGAUACGGAGUCUAACUACCAGUACUCCCCAGAGAGGGCUCCCCAGGACCAGCCCCAGGACCAGCCAGACCACCACCCAUCCUGCUGGAGAGACUCCAUACUACAGCUGAAAGAAGGCUUGAGCACUGGGGCCGUACAGCAGCAGUUUGAUCAACUCUACCGGAAAAGGCCCGGAUUGACAAUGUCAUGUGCCAAAUUACCUCAGAACAUUUCCAAAAAUCGAUAUCGAGACAUUUCACCGUAUGAUGCAACCAGGGUUAUUCUGAAGGGCAAGGAUGGGGACUAUAUCAAUGCAAAUUACAUCAAUAUGGUGAUCCCAGCGCCCAGUGCUGUAAACCGUUACAUCGCGUGCCAGGGCCCGCUGCCCGCCACCUGCUCUGACUUCUGGAGGAUGACUUGGGAACAGGGCUCCAGCAUGGUGGUCAUGCUCACCACGCAGGUGGAGAGAGGACGGGUGAAGUGUCAUCAGUAUUGGCCCAACCCUGGUGCCAUCGCUACCCAUGGGGACUUCCAGGUGUCCUGUGUGACAGAAGAAGAGCAAUCAGCAUUCCUGGUCAGAGAGAUAACUCUCACACACCUGGAGAGUGAGGAGAGCAGGUCGCUGACUCAGAUCCAGUACAUGGCCUGGCCUGACCACGGUGUUCCAGACGACUACACUGACUUCCUGGACUUUGUCAGUCUGGUCCGCAGAAAGAGGGGGGGCAAGGAGGAGCCAGUGAUAGUACACUGCAGCGCUGGGAUUGGUCGGACGGGGGUGCUCAUCACCAUGGAAACAGCCAUGUGUUUGAUUGAGUGCAAUCAGCCCGUGUAUCCGCUGGAUAUCGUGAGGACAAUGAGAGACCAGAGGGCCAUGAUGAUCCAGACUCCGAGCCAGUACAGGUUUGUCUGUGAGGCGAUCCUCAAGGUGUACGAGGAGGAGCUGGUCAAACCGCUGACGCCCACAAAGCCCCUGACACCCGUAGAGUCUCUGACACCCACAAAGCCCCUGACACCCGUAGAGUCUCUGCCGCCCACAAAGCCCCUGACACCCAUAGAGUCUCUUAUGCCUACAAAGCCCCUGACAACCACAAAGCCCCUGACACCCGUAGAGUCUCUGACGCCCACAAAGCCCCUGACACCCGUAGAGUCUCUGACACCCACAAAGCCCCUGACACCCAUAGAGUCUCUGAUGCCUACAAAGCCCCUGACAACCACAAAGCCCCUGACACCCGUAGAGUCUCUGACGCCCACAAUGCCCCUGACACCCGUAGAGUCUCUGACGCCUACAAAGCCCCUGACACCUGUAGAGUCUCUGACGCCUACAAAGCCCCUGACAUCUGUAGAGUCUCUGAUGCCCACAAAGCCCCUGACACCUGUAGAGUCUCUGAUGCCCACAAAGCCUCUGACACCUGUAGAGUCUCUAACGCCCACAAAGCCCCUGACACCUGUAGAGUCUCUGAUGCCCACAAAGCCUCUGACACCCGUAGAGUCUCUGACACCCACAAAGCCUUUGACACCCGUAGAGUCUCUGACACCCACAAAGCCCCUGACACCCAUAGAGUCUCUGACGCCCACAAAGCCUCUGACACCCGUAGAGUCUCUGACACCCACAAAGCCCCUGACACCCGUAGAGUCUCUGACACCUACAAAGCCCCUGACACCCGUAGAGUCUCUGACGCCCACAAAGCCCCUGAUACCCGUAGAGUCUCUGACGCCCACAAAGCCUCUGGCACCCGUAGAGUCUCUGACACCCACAAAGCCCCUGACACCUGUAGAGUCUCUGACGCCCACAAAGCCCCUGACACCUGUAGAGUCUCUGAUGCCUACAAAGCCCCUGACAACCACAAAGCCCCUGACACCCGUAGAAUCUCUGACGCCUACAAAGCCCCUGACACCUGUAGAGUCUCUGAUGCCUACAAAGCCCCUGACAACCACAAAGCCCCUGACACCUGUAGAGUCUCUGACACCCACAAAGCCCCUGACACCUGUAGAGUCUCUGACGCCCACAAAGCCCCUGACACCUGUAGAGUCUCUGAUGCCUACAAAGCCCCUGACAACCACAAAGCCCCUGACACCCGUAGAGUCUCUGACGCCUACAAAGCCCCUGACAUCUGUAGAGUCUCUGAUGCCCACAAAGCCCCUCACACCUGUAGAGUCUCUGAUUCCCACAAAGCCUCUGACACCCGUAGAGUCUCUGACACCCACAAAGCCCCUGACACCCGUAGCAUCUCUGACACCUACAAAGCCCCUGACACCCGUAGAGUCUCUGACACCUACAAAGCCCCUCACACCCGUAGAGUCUCUGACACCCACAAAGCCCCUGACACCUGUAGAGUCUCUGAUGCCUACAAAGCCCCUGACACCCGUAGAGUCUCUGACACCUACAAAGCCCCUGACACCCGUAGAGUCUCUGACGCCUACAAAGCCCCUGACACCUGUAGAGUCUCUGACGCCUACAAAGCCCCUGACACCUACAAAGCCCCUGACACCCACAAAGCCCCUGACACCUGUAGAGUCUCUGAUGCCCACAAAGCCCCUGACACCCGUAGAGUCUCUGCCGCCCACAAAGUCUCUGACACCCGUAGAGUCUCUGACACCCACAAAGCCCCUGACACCUGUAGCAUCUCUGACACCUACAAAGCCCCUGACACCCGUAGAGUCUCUGACGCCCACAAAGCCUCUGACACCCGUAGAGUCUCUGACGCCCACAAAGCCGCUGACACCCGUAGAGUCUCUGCCGCCCACAAAGCCCCUGACACCUGUAGAGUCUCUGCCGCCCACAAAGUCUCUGACACCCGUAGAGUCUCUGACACCCACAAAGCCCUUGACGACCUUAGAGCCCCUGACACCCACAGAGCCAGAGGUAGAGACAGAGAGAGUCGGCUUUAUCCCUCCUGGGACUGACUGACUGACACAGGGCUGCAUGGGCCUAAGCACCACCCUCUUCUUCCACAGCCUGUCUGUCUAUCUGUCUGUUUAGAGCCUGUCUGUCUGUUUAGAGCCUGUCUAUCUGACUCCCUCAGUCACAAUAGUUUCUUCCCACAUCCACCAUCUUGAGUCUGGCAAGAGAAACUACAGUCACAACCAUGGAGACGACUACCGACAACCACUCGAACUGGCAGGGGAGCGGAAAUAGAGCACUGUUGCACUUUAUGACGACAAAACCCGCUACUUUGGAGAAUUAACGGAAGAAGAAAUUAAAAGAAACAAAGUUACGAUGAUCAACUGGAAUUCGGGAUGUUAGCAAGUGUCCAGGAUCAAGAGAGAAGUGAGAAACAGAACAGUAGCUGGAUUGGAUAAUAUUGCUGUAGUGUCAUUACUUUCAGACAGACCUUCCUAAUGAACCGGACAACUCAAUGGAAAGUGGACUUGCGUUUGUUUUCAACCCAUCAGUGCAUCAUCACCAGGUGUCAUAUCAGUGGUUUCUUCAGACUAGUCUUUCUGUCUUUGAUCACUCCGUAGACUUAAGAGUCCAUUUUCUUUUUUUAAAUCAAAACUAUUCAACAUCAACUAAAGAUCCACUCAGAAGUGGGUUAACCCUCUAUGUAAGGUCCUGGUAAAGCACUCUGACUUCUACUCUAUUGUACUACUCAUCAUCUCAUUAUUUCUCUCAUUGAGACUAUAGGUUGUCAGAUGGUUACUUUUGGGCUUUUAUGUUUAUUAGUCUACAGAUUAGAAUCAUCUCCAGGGCAAGGUCUUACAACUCCAAGUCCUUUGUGAAGGUGUUUCCCAAACCAAGGUAAAAGGCGGUGUAGGUUAGGAGCAGUGGAUGCUGCUGAGGGGAGGACGGCUCAUAAUAAUGGCUGGAGUGCAAUCAUUGGCAUGGCAUCGACCACAUGGAAACCACGUGUUUGAUACCAUUCCAUUGACUCAAUUCCAGCCAUUGUUAUGAGCCGUCCUCCCCUCAGCAGCCUCCACUGGUUAGGAGAGGCCUCCCUCCUCCUUUACCAUAACCUCAUUAGCUGAUUACCUGUCAUUGAGCUCUGCACUAUGUGGUGGUGUUGUUGUUGUUUUUGAGGCAGCUAUUCAACUUUGAUUUAGAUGGCUCAACAUGUGACGGUACAUCGGUCUCUCGAAGAUGCUAUACCACUAGCCCAAAACGGGUAGUAUUUUAAUGCAGGUUUUGUUAUUGCUAGUAACAUAGAAUGACCUUGCCAUGCAGGAUUGGGUUGGUACAGUACAUAGGUGGUUUAUCAAGUGUCAUUGCAUCAGAUUUUGAAAUUGAAUAUGAGGUAUUCAGAGCUGUCUGAUUAAGAGCAUUGGGGUAUUUGUUACCAUGGUACUGUACAUCAGGAUUGUAGGCAGUUGGUGUACAGUACAUACAGACGGUACAUACAUUAUAUAAAAAGACUGAGCUUUCGGGACCAAUAGGUUUUUAGCCUUGUGAGUAAAACAAAAAGUUUUCAAAUUGUGUUGAAAAGCUCUAAGGCUCAAGCUAUAGAUUUGCUUCUGAUAUUUUUUUAUAAGAGACCCUUUUUGCUUCUUGGGAAUGGACAGCACUUUUCAGCUGAACUUGUAGCAUAUUUGCUGCUAUGUAUGAUUAGACCCCCAAAAAUUCUUUUGGAAUUGUAUUUAGCAUUUUCUUAAUAUUUGUUGGAUAUAAACACCUCUAUGGAAAUGUAAGCUAUAUGGUGUCAUCUAGAUUUGUGUAAUGUAACUAGUGUACAUUUACUAUGUUAAUUUAUAAGGUUUAAUGAAAUUAAAAAAUUGUGAGACAAAGUUAUUUUUAUAAGAGAAGAAAAGUUCCACACUUUUCCACUCGUGUAAAGUCCUGCUGGAAUUAGAAAUGAUUGUUAGGGGAAAGCAUUGCAAUAGAUGUAUGCUGUGUAAAAGUGCUCUCCAUAAAUCCAGUGGCAGUGGAAAGAAUUGGGACCGACAACAUGAAGCUCUGUACACUGACUAAUAGAUUAAUCACCAUUAAUAGUGUUCUUUUUUAUGACAAUUGAAACUCACAAAGUGAUUUUAUUCCCAUGAUUUCUGGUUGAAUCGAUAGAUGCGAUUGUGCUUUUGAAAUCAGAAAGCUGGCUUGGUUGGCUUGGUCAAACUUCAUUUUGCUGAUACUUCUGCAGUGGAUUUAUGCAGUACUAUUGCUGACAAUGUUUACAGUGGUUCGUGAGUUGGUUUUGUGAUUUAAAAAGGACGUGUAUCUACUGAAAGUCGGCGUGUUUACAAAUAGCUGUUGUGCGACGGGGAACUUCGGCCCAAUCAGAUCACUCCCCGCCGCGUCCCAAAUGGCACCCUAUUCCCAGUGCGGCACUUUUGACCGGGCUCUAGCCAAAAGUUGUGCACUAGAUAGGGAGCCAUUUGAGACUCAGACGGUGUCAACCACUUCACCAUGAAAUAGACUGAGGCACUGGAAUGUUAAUUUGACCAGGUUGUCCCCAUUAAGGUCAAACACCUCUUUUUCAAGGGAGGCCUGGGUGGUAUGUUUUUUUGUUUCGUUUUUGCACGAUGCUUUUCUACCUUAUCAUCACUUAGUAAUAGUACAACAUUCUGCACAACUGUGAUGUAAAUAUAAGCUUAAAUCUGUGAGCUAGUGAAAUAUAUUUAAAGAUCCAAAUCAGGAGGAUGUACAAAUGUAAUGUUUGUGGUGAAGCUGUACAGAAAUUGAAUGUAUCCAUCUCAAGCUUUUAGUUGUUCGAAAACUUAAGGGAUGUACAAUUUGACUUUUGAGGGGAAAUAUUUUUCAUACUACUGUACUUGUAAAAGCAGGUAAAUAUCAGUCUGGGCUCUGCCUGGUCUGCGACCUGCUCUGUGUUUUUGUUGUAAAUAGGAGCCAUAUCAUGUCAGUGAAGUGCCAAUGUUCUGUAAGUAAAGUCACAUUUCUGCUGUA